AUGGCUUCGUUUCAAUUGGUAUCCGACAUCCACCUGGAAGCUCCCCCCGCAUACGACCUAUUCAACAUCCCUUCGAAAGCGCCCUAUCUAGCCCUUCUAGGCGACAUUGGCUAUGUCAAAGACGACGGCUUUUUCGCCUUUCUUGAAGGCCAGCUUCGAAAAUUCCAAGUGGUUUUCUUAGUAUUAGGAAACCAUGAGCCCUGGAAUUCCACUUGGGCGACGGCGAAGGACAGGCUGAAACGCUUCUCUGAUAGCAUUCGCCAGAGAAAGGCGUCAGAAGAAAGCACAAAUGCCAAAAAUAAAUUCGGAGAGUUUGUCUUCAUGGAUCAAACGCGCUACGAUAUUUACCCCGACGUCACAGUACUAGGGUGCACGCUUCACUCCAAAAUCACACAGAGCCAGGAAGAGCGCGUCUCCAUGUCGCUCAACGACUUCUACCAGAUCAAGGACUGGGAUGUAGAGAGCCACCGUGUUGCACACGAGGCUGAUCUCGCCUGGCUCAACAACCAAGUCACCGACCUCGCUCAAUCGGAUCCGCAUCGCAAGAUCGUUAUCUUCACUCACCACAGUCCCACACUCGACGCUCGUGCAACUGAUCCUGCGCAUGUGAACAGUCCCAUCACGUCAGCUUUCGCGACGGAUCUCACUGGGGAGCCGUGCUGGGAGAAACCCCAGGUGCGCUUAUGGGCGUUUGGACACACGCAUUAUAAUUGUGAUUUUGUCGACAGCAGAACUGGGAAACGCAUUGUGGCGAAUCAAAGAGGCUAUUAUUUUGCGCAGUCUGAAGGUUAUGAUCCGGAGCUGGUGGUUCGGGAUUAUCCUCCUUCGGUUCUAAAGAUUUACCGUUUGACAAACUCAGCCAUGGCAUCUAUCGCCCGUGCUCUGCGGCCCUUGUCCCGCACCGCUCCCUCCUUCCGCCUCGCAGCGAGACAGCCAUUGGCAUACCGACUGGCACAAGGCACCCAUGCUUUCUCUACCACGUCCCGCCGGCGGGACGUCGAUCUCUCCAGCCUGACCCCAACCCCAAUCACCCAUCUCUCCGAAACCGAGUCGCUGAUGGCCGAAACCGUCUCCAAGUUCGCCCAGGAGCAGAUCGGACCCAAAGUGCGGGAAAUGGACGAGUCCGAAGUCAUGGACCCCGCGCUGGUCGAGCAGCUGUUCGAGCAAGGGCUGAUGGGCAUCGAGAUCCCCGAGGAGUACGGCGGAGCCGGCAUGAACUUCACCUCUGCCAUUGUUGCCAUCGAGGAACUGGCCCGCGUCGACCCCAGCGUUAGUGUCCUGGUGGAUGUGCACAACACCCUCGUCAACACGGCCUUUAACAAUUGGGCCGACGCCGCGCUCAAGAAGACGUGGCUGCCUAAGCUCGCUACGGGGACCGUCGGUUCGUUCUGUCUCUCUGAGCCGGCGUCCGGAUCCGAUGCCUUUGCUUUGCAGACUAAGGCGGAAAAGACGGCGGAUGGGUACAAGCUGAAUGGAUCCAAGAUGUGGAUCACCAACUCCAUGGAGGCUGGGGUGUUCGUCGUCUUUGCGAACCUGGAUCCCAGCAAGGGCUACAAGGGCAUCACGGCAUUUGUGGUCGAGAAGGAUACUCCGGGAUUCUCCAUUGCCAAGAAGGAGAAGAAGCUGGGUAUCCGGGCUAGCAGUACCUGCGUGCUCAACUUUGAUGAUGUCGUCAUUCCCAAGGGUAACCUGCUCGGAGAGGAAGGCCAGGGUUACAAGUACGCCAUUGGCCUGCUGAACGAGGGUCGUAUCGGUAUUGCUGCUCAGAUGACCGGUCUGGCAUUGGGUGCUUGGGAAAACGCCGCCAGCUACGUCUGGAAUGACCGCCGUCAAUUCGGUCAGCUUAUCGGAACUUUCCAGGGCAUGCAGCACCAGCUGGCCCAGGCUUACGUCGAAAUCGCUGCCGCACGGGCUCUCGUCUACAAUGCCGCACGCAAGAAGGAAGCUGGCCAAGACUUUGUCCAAGACGCCGCCAUGGCCAAGUUGUACGCAUCGCAGGUUGCAGGCCGUGUGGCCGGCUCCGCCGUCGAAUGGAUGGGCGGCAUGGGCUUUGUCCGGGAAGGCAUCGCCGAGAAAAUGUUCCGUGACAGCAAAAUUGGUGCCAUCUACGAAGGCACAAGUAACAUUCAGCUGCAGACAAUUGCUAAGCUCCUGCAAAAGCAGUACACUAAAUAG